AUGUCGACGACCGCUGCUGCUACCGCCGGCGCUGGAGCCACUGCCGUCAUUCUGGGUGCAACGGGAGCCGUCGGCAAACCUCUCCUCGCCCAACUGGUUUCCGAGACUUCCCCCUACACUUCCGUUUACUCCUUUGCUCGACGCAACCACCCCUCCCCACCUCCCGUCUCCUCUAAAGUCGAAUUCAAAGAAGUCAUUGUCGACUUUGAGUCUCUCUACGAUGGUAACGAAGCCGAGAAAGCCAAGUUCGCCUCCAUCCCCGCCGCUUCAGCUGUAUUCAUCACCAUGGGCACCACCCGUGCUGCCGCGGGAUCUAUGGCCGCAUUCGAAAAGAUCGACCGCGGAUACGUCCUCGCCUCCGCCAAGGCUCUUCUCCAACCAUCCAACCCUGCUACAUUGGUGUACUGUUCAAGUGGAAGUUCAUCCAGCUCCUCUCUAUUCCCCUAUCUGAAAAGUAAGGGGUUGACAGAGGAAGGAUUGGCAAAUUUGUACGAAAAAUGCAUUAUUCUGCGCCCAGGGUUCUUGCAGAAUGCAGAGAGACCUCAGUUGAGGUUGAUGGAGAAAGCUGUUGAACCGCUGAUGAAUUUGGCUAGUAAGUUUUCAGGCAGUCUGGCUGCUCCGGUGGGUGAUGUAGCGAAAGCAAUGUUGAGAGCUGCUCAAAAGGGACCUGCGGAGUUGAAGAAGGAGGGAUUAGGUGAGGACCCGGGGAAGAGUUUCAGAGUGGAAGAAGGAAAGAGCAGAGAGGCUUUCGUGGUGGUUGGUAAUCCUGCUGUGCUCAAACUUGCUAGAGACCAGGCUUGA